UUCCUGGUUCGAAGUCAUCGUACUCGACUUCUUCUUGUCUCGGCAACGUAUAUAAGUCAAAUCGAGAUCGAAAGCAAGGUGCAUAAUCCGAACAGUCCUUCGAAGAAGGAGGUUGGAAGAGAAGUCGAGUUUGUUACACGAUGCAGCCAAUGAUAAUACUUCUGGCGAUUCUGAGCUCGGCCUCGUGCUCGCAGUUGACUCUAGUGCCGUACGCCUAUCUGGCGGAUCCACUUCCGGUGUACCAUCAGUCUCAGGACACGAGAACCGGAGAGCACGCGUACAGUUACUCCGGUGGACCCUCGGCAAAGGAGGAAGUCAAAGGUCCCGAUGGAGUCACGAGGGGAUCUUACAGCUACGUCGACGCUCACGGUAUCUUGCAGUCGGUUUUCUACGUCGCCGACGAGGGUGGCUUCCGGGUUGCGGCGACGAAUCUACCGACGGAUAGCGAUCUGCCCGUAGAAACGGCUGAGAUUCUUUUAGCUAAGAGGACGCUCUUCGAGGAACAGGCCAGAGCCACGUCGUCGGACGGAUCUUCGGCUGCUCGUCGAAAGCGCAGCUUAACGGAAGAGACGAGGAGAGAGCAUCGAGAAGAGGAUUCGAGGAGCAACCAACAAGAGGAUUAUCCCAUCGAUAAACCCUACGGAGCGUUGGCAACUUUUCUACUUCCAGGAUCGGCACCAACGGCAACGUCUCGUCAGAGUCAAGUUAGGAUUCAUCAGAACGUUCGUACCGAAGGUGUCGAUCCGAUUGCCAAUGCGGUCGUCGUCGAGGCUGCUGCUCCCGUUUUAGCUCUUUCAAUCGAUCCUCUCGUAUCGGAGGCGAUCGAGGUUAUCAAAACUCCGUUGAUUAUAUCCGAAAAACCGAUAGCCCUGUUAACCGGCAACGAUUAUCAUCGGAAUCGUAUACAGAUCCAUAGAAAUCUCGGGUUGGAGGGAAAGGAGCAACGCAAGGACGCCGUCAAGAUCGAAACGCCGGUACUCGCAGAAGUUCGUCCGCUCGUUUCCGAGCCGGUCGCGAUCCUGGAGCAUCGACCUUCCCUUCUCACGGCCGUUUCCUCUCAAAGCGCCACGCAGAUUCACCGAAGUGACAAGCACGAGAUUCCAAGCGUCUACGAGUUGCCCAAGCUUUUCCACGCGAUCCCUAUCGCGAGAUCGUCGCAAUAUCGUUCGCAGAUUCGUUCGAAUCAACGAAUCGAAAGCGCCGACGAUCCGGAGAACUUACGAGACGAUAUUAAUAAAGAAAAGAGUCAGGACGAAGCAAAAGGCACCUCAAAUGCACCUAACGGAGAAAACCUGACCAAGACGAUCCUGUUCAGCGUAUUACUCGGUUCCUCCUUAAGCAGUCCGAUAGCAAACGUUUGGCUCAGUCCCAUAGGAAGCAUCUCGCCGUUACGACAAUAUCACGUGCAAGAUGGAUCGGGAUCCUAUCGAUACUCGUUCACGGGACCGCAUCACGCUAAGACGGAGUCUAGUCUGAAUGGAGUCACUCAGGGUGGUUAUUCCUACGUAGACGCCAACGGAAUUCUACAAACCGUCUUGUACACCGCGGACGAUCAAAAUGGCUUUAGAGUCAGCGCGAGUAAUCUUCCUCAAGCGCCCAAGGACGAGCAUGAUCAGAUCGAAGACACCCCGGAAGUGGCCGCGGCCAAGCGAAAUCACCUGGAGGAAUUGCAGAAAUCGCAGCUGGCCGAUCGAGCGGACUGGAACGAUCAGAAUAUUCUAUCCUAUAAGAUCUUACCACCGUAUGUCAGUUACGCACAGUUACAACCGACCGAGAGCAAGAUCGUAGAACGAGAAAUUCAGAGCACGAAAAAUCCAUUCCUACUGUCUCAAGCGGAAGCUGACAACAUUCAAGUUCCAAAGCCGGACCCAACGCUCUCUCAAGCGUCUCCAAGCUCAUUGAACGUUCGGGACAGCUCGGCGAAGGACGACGGACAAUCCGAAUCGGAUAAUCCGAAUGCUCUGCAGCUUGGAAAAUUUCUACAAAUGCCAAACGUUCAUAGGACCGUGGCAUUGCCUGCCCCGUACGUGUUCCCUGUUUUACCGUACAGGUUACUUCACAGCUCGCUUCAUCAUACUCAGGAUUCCUUGGGUCAAUACGAUUACAGUUACACAGGCGAUUCCAGUGCAAAAACGGAGUCGAGAUCUUUGGACGGCACUACGAGGGGUGCUUACAGUUACAUAGAUCCCAAUGGUAUUUUACAACAAGUUCAUUACGUCGCCGAUCAUAACGGAUUUAGAGUACUUGCUACGAAUCUACCGGAAGCGAAAUAAACAAAAUCUAUAGAGAUAUUAUUUUCUUUUUUUCGAGCAAAAAGAU